GCACACUGCCAUUCACAAGAAAAAUAAGCCAAAAAGCCAAUUAAUGUGGUGUGAGAGAGGAGAAGAAUAAGGAAAUGGAGGCAUUGAACGAUAAGAGAGAGAGAGUGACGAAAUCUUCAUCUUCUUCAUAUCUGGCUAAGUUACAGUGCUGUUUCCACCCAGCCAAGCUUUCUUCUUCAAAUCCUGCAAUGGAGGAUGGAUGCGAUGAAGGAAAAUUUGCAGUAUCUGAGAAGCAGAAAAGAAAGCCCGGUGGAUGGAAAUCCAUGCCUUUCAUCUUAGGAAAUGAGACCUGCGAAAGACUGGCUACAGUGGGGAUGUUGGCAAACUUCUCAGUGUUCUUGAUGACACAGUUUCACAUGGACCAGGUUUUGUCUUCCAACGUGAUGUCUGUAUGGAAUGGUUUCACGAGUUUCAGCCCCUUGCUUGGUGCUUUCAUCUCUGAUUCUUAUCUUGGUCGAUUCAAAACCCUCGCUUUCGCCACAAUCUCUGCUUUCAUGGGGAUGAUGAUGCUGACAGUUAUAAUGUGGAUUCCUAAGCUGCACCCUCCCCCGUGCAGUCAGAUUUCCGGCCACAAAUGCGCGGGCCCGACCGGAGCCCAGUUUGGACUAUUGGCCGUCGCGCUCGGUUUUCUGACGGUCGGCUCCGCCGGAAUCCGACCAUGCAGCAUUCCGUUCGGCGUUGAUCAGUUCGAUGCAAAAACAGAGGAAGGGAGACGAGGGAUCACGAGCUUCUUUAAUUGGUACUAUAUGACGUUCACCGUGGUUUUGAUCAUCGCGUUAACGUUGGUCGUGUAUAUUCAGAGUUCGGUGAGUUGGGUUUUGGGUUUCGCCUUGCCCACGGGGCUUAUGUUGUUCUCGAUCGUCUUGUUUUUCGUCGGCAUGAGAUUGUAUGUUUAUGUUCAACCCGAGGGGAGCGUUUUCUCGGGAAUUGUUCAAGUGAUCGUUGCCUCGUAUAAGAAACGGAAGCUUAAGAUACCCGAAGGGAAAAAUGUCGAUGGGGUGUAUUAUGAUCCACCGUUGAAGGGGACGGUCGCCGUGAAGCUACCUUUAACUGACCAAUUAAGGUUUUUCAAUAAGGCGGCGCUGAUCAUGGAUGGCGAAGUCCUACCCGACGGAUCAAGCGCGAAUCCGUGGAGGCUAUGCUCCGUGCAAACCGUUGAAGAAACCAAAUGCCUAUUUAGGAUCAUCCCAGUGUGGGCUUCGGGGAUCAUAUUUUGCACGGCGAUGGCGCAACAAGGCACGUUCAUGUUAUCGCAAGCGUUGAAAAUGGAUCGUAGCUUAGGUCCACAUUUUAAAGUCCCGGCCGGGUCGCUUGCCGUCAUAUCGAUGAUCACUAUAGGAAUAUGGCUUCCUAUCUACGAUCGAGUGCUUGUGCCGUACCUUAGGAAAACGACGAAGCUCGAGGGGGGCAUUACUCAACUUCAACGUAUGGGGAUCGGGAUUGUAUUCUCGAUUAUGUCGAUGAUCGUUGCCGGAUUAGUCGAGCGAAUGAGGCGGGCAUCCGCGGUAUUGCACGCGGGCCCCGACGGGAUCGCUCCGAUAUCCGUCUUUUGGCUAUCGCCACAACUUAUACUUAUGGGAUUCGCCGAGGCGUUCAACAUUAUCGGGCAGAUCGAGUUUUACAAUAAAGAAUUCCCUGAGAACUUGACUAGCCUCGCGAACUCAUUGUUCUCUUGCACGAUGGCGGCGGGGAAUUAUUUCAGCGUGGUCGUCGUGAAUGUGAUUCACAAGACAACGGGAAAAAAUGGUCAUCCCGAUUGGCUAACGGCGGAUACCAACAAGGGGAGGAUCGAGAAUUUGUAUUUCUUGAUCGCGGGUUUCGGCGUGUUGAACUUGGGAUACUUCUUGUGGGUCGCUCGGAUGUAUCGAUAUAAAAGCAAGUUUCGGAUAGAGGGCGACGGGGACGGCGACGACGUCGAAAAGCAUGAGCAUUGUGAUAUCGAACUCAAUGGGAUCAAGAAAUGAUCUUUUUAUGGGAGAUAUAGUAAUAACUUUGUGGAACUACUUAAAGUACAUGUAUGUAUUGAAAGUAUUAUCCUUAGCCUUUAGGACAAGUACAUGUAAUCCAAAGUAUUGUUGCAUGUUAUCUAUGUACCUCAUACAUAGUUGCAAUAAUAUCAUUAUAUAUGCACUAUAUACCCACUUUUGGGUA